CACAAACACAGCAUCCUCUUACACUCUAUGAUGCAUCAGUCCCUUUCACUGGUAAUCCAGCUGGGCUCUGCCUGUGCAUUGAUGUACUUUUCAAAUUUGAUGAAUUCCCAACUGAUAAGAGGACACAUCACAUUUUAAAACUACAACUUCUACUUUGGAUUUAAAAGCAGAAUCGGCCUCAGAUCAGAGCCUCUGGUUCAGAGGUGGGACUCAGCUCUACGGGACUUUGCUGAGCCGAAAACAUGAAGUCCCAUCCUGGCACCGUGACUGUGCUGCUGCCUAUCGCCCUCUGCCUCAAUUUAGUUCCUGUAUGUCUCGGAGCUGCAAUUCCCAUUUCCUGUGGUUCAAUCUACAAGAGUUUUGCUCAGUGUUUACUCACACUUGGUGACAGUUUGGUGGAAACGCAAAAAGACCAGAACACACAGGACAUCGAUGCAAUCUGCAGGUCCUGGAAUGCUUUCCAUGUUUGUGCCAACGCAGCUCUGGCUGGAUGUCCUGGAGAAGCAGCGGCGGUCUGGGAGUCUCUAAGACAAGAGUCCAGGAAGACACAGUUUUCUGGAAAUCUGUAUGACAUGUGUGCCAGUCGCACCACCCUUCCACCCAGCACUGUGCCUGCACCGCAGAGCCCCCCCACCUCUGAUCAAACCAACCAGGAAACACUGAAAGGGAAAACACACAAAGAUGUGCCCACCUUCACCACAGUGUUGCUCCCAGCAUGCACCACACUGUUACUGCUGCUCAGGAAGUAGUGAGCUCAUAUUAGUAUUUCAAUGGAGGGAUGACAGCGGAUCGGAGAGGUCUGCUCCCCCCUUAUGCUCCAGACACAAGAGUAAACACUCACUACAAGUCAGGCUCAUGACUUUAAUUGUUGAUCCUAAAGUAAGGAUGAGAUAAGGAUGAAUAUGCAGAAGUUUUCUAAGAUGGUGUCUUUAUUCCUACUUUAACUAUUCAUUAAUCAGAUUUCCAUCGGUAUGACUCCUCAUGCCUUACCCACAGAGAGGUCAAUGAAGUCACAUUUAUUUUGGUUUACACAAAUGUCUAUAUCAAACUCUUCAGAUAUCACUUUCUAAGACAUCUGAAAGUACCACAGGCUUUUUUUAUUGAUUCACAUCAUAUAGCAGUGCUUGGUCAAACCUUCCAUGGUGGAUGAACAAAGUACAACCCAAAGAAACCCUUUUAGGUCAUGAGAUUAACUGCUUCAACUUAAAGAUAAGCUAUUUUUUCCAGUAUACACUUAUAUUUUUUAUCAAUACUGCCAUACAUCCACAGUACCGCUUUAUUUCCACUUGAUUCUUUAAGCACAAGAGAGAUUUGAGAGACUUUUUGAUGCACUGUAUUGCGUUGUUUUCCUGCUGUAGGUUGUCACCUUUUAUUGGUGGUUCAACUGCAAAAGAUUAGACUUUGUUUGGAAGCAUUCAUCGCAGUGUUUGCAUGAUCUUGCUGUAUUUUAUCACUUGUUCAACACUAUGUAAUUUCAUGGUAGUUUGCUCCCCCUUAUCCUUUUAACUAGUUACAUGUUACAUUUUCUGAAAUGCUGGUUAAAGCUUCAUCCUCAUAACAUUCUUUGUAAUGUAAUUUAAUGUUGUACAGCUUUUCUUUGAUACUGGGCAAACACUAGUCACAAAACAUUUUUGUAUUGCUACAAUUUCAACAGUCUGAGUGAAAACCCAACUGUAAUUAAAGGCAUGCUGAAGUAAGAGGUA